AUGCGAAAAGGCCGUAGAUACGCCCUGAAGCUGUUCUGGUGGGUUUUAGCUGCCCUACCCGUUUUACUCUUGGGAUUUCAGUUGUCCAUGCGCCCAUCACCCCCCCCCCCCCCCCCCCGCCAAAGCCGGAAUACAACUGCUGAGGCCCAAUGUAACCUUAAAGCCACCGAAAAUAGUCCUAAAAAACGGAUUCCACUCUUUCCCGGGCACAUUGAAUUUUUCCCAAUAACCACAAGCUCUUUGACAAACAGGAAAUCCAAAGAUAUACGUUCAUCAUAUUCAAAUGAAAGUUUUCUAUUUAAAAAGGAUGGCGGCGAAGGCGCCUCUUCUGGAAUCACCCAUCUGAAUUAUACGACAUCCAGGCAAAAGCGUGCCUUUCGGAAUGAGCAAAUACCCGCGGGCACGCUACUUCGGCUGGAACCAGAUUGGGGAUUUCGUAUGAUAUCUCAACCACCGGGCCAGCCUUAUACUGAAGAGUAUUAUUAUGAAAGGACUGAGGGGAGGAGUAAUCAUACAUUUAUCUAUGUUGUAGACCAGUCCUUUUUGGUGGACCAUAAUGAGUUUCGCCACAAUCCUCUAAUAGAAUUCCUUCCUAGAGAUCGAAAUCCAAAACACAACUCUGCACUCCUUAUAGAUCCCAGCCACGGAACGGCUGUGUUAAGCAAAAUCAUUGGCUGGAACACUGGAACGGCUCGUUAUGCAAACGUUAUUGCUGUACCGGUACUGAGUUGGGGACAAGACGGCCUAACUGCUCUCCAAGACAUGAUUGUCAUGUACCAAAGAGUGCUCGAUGAUAUGGAGCGAAGAGCCACAAUAGCAAAAAAAAGAGGCGAAAUUAUCCCUCCCAGAUUUAUUAUCACUACAACUCUGGGAUACUAUGUGAACGCUUCAAAUCUCUGGCCAACUGAGCAAUAUGAUACUUACGCACAGCUUCAUACGCAGUUGAAUACAACCAUGCUUAGGUUUGGGGCAAGGAAAGACGCUUUACUCGUCAUUGCUAAUCCGAAUGAUGAGGACGAACCUCGGUCUUGGUGGCCUCACAACAUCGUGUACGGAUGGAAGAAUAAAUUCCCAAAUGCAAUUCUUGUGAGUGGAGUCGACGAAAUAGGGGGAAAAAUAGAUCUAGAACUGAGGGUACCAGCGACAUAUGCACCAGCAAAUUUUCUUAGGUCGGCGUUGGUCAAGGUGAUAAAGGAUAAGAACAAUCCUAAGGUUAUUACCGGUCUGAAAGACGGAGGGGUCGCUGCACCAAUGAUCUCUGGAAUCCUUGCGAACUUUUUGGCCGACGGUAACUUGACGGUUAUCGGAGCGAAAAGAAAAUUGGAUUAUUUGGGAUACGCUCGCGGCCCUAGUCACCACUCAUCAACCAAUCCGCUAGUCGUCUGGAAUGGCCAAAUGAGUCCCGCAAAAGGUCCCGAAGCUCCGUUUCCUAUCAAAGUACUCUUCGUCUGCAAUAAAGGUACGCCGACAAACGGACAACCUGAGCUUCGUACAAUAGCUAGUGUUUUAUUUCCCGUAUUUUCGAAGCAAGCUGCCCCACAGAAGGCUGUUGAAACAGUCUCUGUAACUAUAACUCGAUGCGAUGUGCUGGGGUUGACCUCGGGACCGGUUCCCUCGACUCCAACUCCGACUUCAAUUUUGAAAACAGAUUUUAUGCCAACGUUAACCCCGAUGACAACAGUGGCUAAUGGCUACGUCUAUGAUGGAAAUUUAUGCAAGCUUUGUAAAAAGGCCGAUGGGAAGGUUGCCAUUGAUGGAGUCAUAUAUCUUCCUAAAGAUUGUCCAUGCCGAUGA